AUGUCUUUCCAGCUCAUGAUAUACUCACUCGCUGCCUUCACUGUGCUGUACAUCGUGUGCGCACUGCUAUUCGGUAGUGAUAGACGCUUGUCCGGCAUCCCUUCUGUCGGCGGGCCCUCACUCCCGGUCUUCUCCUACAUAGGAGUCAUACGAUCUCUUGCCAACGCCCCUAGCAUUAUUCACGAAGGUUACACGAAGCAUAAAGGCAGAUCCUUCAAAUUCGCAGAAGCCGGUCAUUGGCGCGUGCUCCUCACUUCCCCGGAAGCAGUCGAGGAGCUUGCGCGCGCGCCGGAAGACGUGCUAUCAUUUCCCGCAGCAGCGAACGACUCGAUACAGGUUGAAUACACCCUGGGCCCGAACAUCGCGCGCGACGCGUACCACAUCCCACUCAUCCGCAAUCAGCUUGUGCGCAACGCCCCACGGAUGAUGGACGAUAUCCGGGAUGAAGUCGUGUGCGCAUUUCGUGACGAGAUGCAACCCCGCGAUGGUUGGAUUAGCGUGCAGCUGAAGGAUGUAAGUGCGCACAUCGUGUGCCGGGUCAUUAACCGCGUCUUCGUCGGCCUCCCAUUGUGUACGGACCCCGACUACCUAGCGGUUAACACGGGAUUCAUGAUGAAUGUCGUCCUAGGUGGCGCUCUCAUCAAGCUCUUCCCUUCAUUCCUGAAGCCAUUUGUCGCGAAAUUCUGCACGAACAUUCCUGCAAGCAUUGAUCGUGUCGUCCGACACUUGGAGCCGAUCAUCACAGAACGUCUGCGUGUAUCUGCUGAGGGGAGAUUGGGCGGUCAAAAGGAGGGGAAUGGUCCUAACGACAUGUUGCAAUGGCUCAUUGAGAGCGCGCCAGAUGGGCCUGAGCGGACGGUCCCUGCACUCGCCUUGCGCGUCCUGGUGGUCAACUUUGCCGCGCUCCAUACUACGUCUACCAUGCUCACACAUACACUAUAUUACCUCGCCGCCCAUCCGGAACACGCCGCGUUCCUCAGGGACGAAGUCGAGCGGGUUGUGCAGGACGAGGGCUGGAGUAAGGCCGCACUGGGGAACAUGCGCCUCGUCGACAGUUUCCUGAAGGAAGUUGGGCGCGUCACUGGCCUGGGUGCGAUAUCCGUGAAUCGGAAAGCGCUUCAGGACUUCACCUUCUUGGACGGCACGUUUGUCCCCAAAGGAACCUUCGUAGCUGCCGCCGCUCGGCCUAUUCACUGGGACGAGGAACACUAUGCCAACCCCGAGGCUUUUGAUCCGUGGCGUUUCGCCAACAUGAGUAAUCGGAACUUCAAGACGGCAGCGAGUGAACAACUGGUCAAGACAAACGAUCACUAUCUGUUGUUUGGACAUGGUCGGCAUGCAUGUCCUGGUCGCUUCUUUGCAGCGACACUGCUGAAGUUGAUACUCGCACACGUCGUCACCACGUACGACGUCAAAUUCGCGGAUAGCAUGGACGCUCAUGCCGUACCGCCACCAACGUGGGUCUCGGUGUCGAUGAUUCCGAACCGCAAGGCGAAAGUGCUGUUCUGCGAGAGGCGUUCCAAGCACUAA